AUGAUGUCAAAAACCUUGACAAAUGGGUUAUUGGCAUUUGCUAUUAUCGGAUCAGUGGGAGCUUUUGCUGGAAUAUGCACCAUAGUUUAUGGCAUGUGGAAUGGAGUUUGUUUUGGGAAGAAGAAAGCCCACAAUUCUAUGCAGCCUACAAUCACAAGGGGUAGCAUGGUUCCAAUGGUGGGGGGUGCUUCUAAUGAGACGCAGGGCUAUGGCGGUGUAGCACGGAGAAUGAAAACGAGGUAUCAUAUUAAUGUUUAA